AAAAUACUUGAUGGAGAGGCCCUCCCGUCCAUCUUUGCACCUUCGCUCUCGGCUUUAGUACCGAACAGAACCCGCGCCGAUCGAGAGGCCCCCAACGCGGCUGCCGAGCAGGCCUUUCUGCGGCUCACCAGUAUCCGGCGAGUUCCAGGCGCGGCUGACGAGAGCCGACCAUUCAAUUGCGAUGAAGGAGAAACGGCAGCAUACUUCGAAUCAAAUUCACAAGGCAACCUGUAACCAUGAGCUUGUGCUAGUUAAAGUUACAAUGUGGUGGUUGAUGCUUGGCUGAUGCCUUUCAUUCACGAUGGUUCAUUUGGGAGAGAAAUAAAUUAAUGUAAAGAGAUUGUUUUCAAGAAAUGAUGGAUGAAAGUAUUAGAGUUUGAAUUGGAUAUUGGACGAUCUAGUGAUGAUUAUGUUUCAAAGGAUUUCUGUCUUGAGAAAGUAGUUUGUAACCAUGGAUUCUUCAUGAUGGCUCCCAACCGUUGGAUUCCAUCUGAAAAGUGUCUCAUACGGCCCUUGCAUCUCAACAGCAGCAACAAAAAUGUUACUGUAUAUAUAACACAAUCAACAAUCAGCAAAAACUUUAUUUUUGUCACGGUGCUCCAUUCAAAUGAGCACCAAUUUUCAGACGAUGACAAAGAAGAGAUCCAGGGCAUGGUGUCACGGAUGUUGCGGAUUUCAGAAAGGGAUGAUAGAAUGGUGAAGGAAUUCCAUAUUCGUUGUCCAGAGGCAAAGGAAACUGGUUCUGCUCAAAUUUUCCGCUCCCCAACUUUAUUUGAGGACAUUGUCAAGACUAUUCUACUUUGUCAUUGCAGUUGGGCGAGGUCGUUGAAAAUGGCUGAAGCUCUAUGUAAGCUUGGUGGGAAUGGGAAUGGAUCAAAGAGAAAGAGAUUAUCAUCAUCAUCAUCAUCAUGUUGCUGGCGGAUACAAUAUCAGUACUGCAUGGGCAACUUUCCAAGUCCACAACAAAUUGCUGGCCUGCAUGAGAAGAAACUGGAUGACAAUUGCAAGUUAGGAUACAGAGCAUCGAUCAUACUGGAAUUAGCUCGAACAAUUCUAAAUGGAAGUUUUGAUGUAGAUGGUCUCCAACAUUUGGACCACGACAAGCUCCGCCCAAUUCUAAUGAGGAAGAAAGGUUUUGGCCCCUUUGUGGUUGCAAAUAUCAUGAUGUGCCUUGGCUUCUAUCAACACAUUCCUGUUGAUACUGAAACAAUCAAACAUUUGGAGCAGGUUGUACAUGGAAAGACAGGGAUAACUACAACAAUCCAUGGACGGGUUGUUAUUUCAGAAAUCUAUGAUAAGUACGCACCAUUUCAAUGCCUCGUCUACUGGAUGGAGCGUGUCAAAUAUUAUGAAACGAAAUUAGGUAAGCUCAGCGACUUGCCGCACUGGAAAUACCCUAAUGCAACGACAACCAACUUCAAAACUUGCACUUCCGGAGAGGAUAGUUAGAAGUUGACAUUCAUAUUAAUAUUAUGUAUCUCUAGUAUCUGGCUUCAUUAAUCGUUAUGAAGUGGCGUUUAUCAACUGUGGCAAUUUUUCAUCCCAUCAUUACAAUAUACAAUAAAUUUAGUUUUGAUUAUUAUAUACUUAAAUGUUUUUAGGAGUAAAAAUGGUAUGCUACUUAGCACGUUUGCCUAUGUUUAAACUUGUCAUUUUAAUAACAAACUAUGAAGUUUCAC